GACGAAAAGCCAACUCAGCUAAUGUGAAGAAUAUUUUUUUUAUACACAAAAAGUUUUUCACGCCCACUUACUUGUUAUAUAUUUAGUUCAGUUAAAUUGUAAACAGUGCAGUGAAAACAAUGCAAAAUGCGGCCAACAAACGCAAACGCCCAAACCCAAACGCUGUGGAAUGAUUUGCCCCUCGGCCUGAUAAUCAUAACACUAACACUUUCCCUUUCAAGUCUUCCAACGACGUGGGCUUUGUCCGAUUUCAGACUGUGCGCUGACGAAAAAUGUGAACGCAUCAUCUCGAUGGGCAGUGCCAAAAUCACCUAUGCGUCCGCCGAAGAGGGUAUGAUACCCUUUAAAAUACAUUCACCGAUGCGCAUAUUGUCCAAGGGCGCCGGCAAGAAUCCAAAGUUGUGGGGCGUCGAGAUCAAUGGACGACGCGGCUAUGCAAACAAGGACUUCAUAUUGGAGAAGAAAGUCCUGAUCAGGGAUAACCAACUCACCUAUGAAGUGCCUGUUGCGUGGCCAGUUAAAUCUGAAGCAGCAGCAGCGGCAGCUACAGCGCCUGCAACACCAAUCGUUGUAAAUAAUCCCGAGCAAGCAGGGCCAGUGGAGCAAGUGCACCCAGUGUUGAAUGCCUCCGAAACGGCUGAUGAGGUGACAACGACAACCACCUCACCGCUGGAGACACUCAAGCUGGGCAUACUCACGGAACAGGAUCAAACGAGCAGCAACAGUGGCGAGGCAGCCACACCAAUAACGCCAGUGCAACCCAAUCUGCGCAUGGUCGAUGGCACCGAGUUGCCCUUGGAAGUGGUGCCAGCAGUCAUGGAACGAAAUCUAAACCAAACAGCAGCAGCAGCAGAACAAAUCCAAAGCGAAGCAAAAAAAAUCGAUGAAACGAAAAGCGUCGAAAAUAGUCUCGACGAUUACGAAGAAGAUGGCGACAAAAGUUACGAUGACGACGACGACGACGAUGACGAACUGGCGACACUUGAUAGCAAAGAUAACGAAAUAACCAACGAUAAACUGGCACUGAAUUCCACAACUGAUGGCGUGGAAGUUAAACAGCAGGGGGCAGCAUCAGCUGAAGCGGAAAAACUGGAAAAAGUUGCCGCAAGUGAAGUCAAUUUGUUGAUUGAAACGCGAAAUGUUAACGUUGUGCCCACGUCGGAGGUGGUGGAGGAGGAGAUGCUCGAUGAGCUGAAGUUGGAAAAAGCUGAAACCGUAACUGAAAGUCAGCCAGUCCUAAAACCGGUGGAGUUGAAGGAGCUACAUCAGCCACAAACGGAAACAAUUGAAAUGGCAGCACAGCCAGAACUAAAAAUAGAAAAGCCGGCGAAGGAUAUCGAUGAAAGGUUGCCCAAAGUGGAAUCUGUGGAGGCUCAGCAAUUGACUAAAGAAGAAGUAGCAACUGAAGCACAAUCCGUGCCAAUAACAGCAACAAACGAAACUGAGAAAGUCGAGAAAAUUGUUGAACAAAAUCCCAGUCCCGAAGCAAUUAAAACUCAGUCCGCUCCAGCCACAACAACAGAAGCUCAGGAAAUAGUGAAAGAAAAUCUAGUUCAAACGGAUGACCCAAAGAUUAACGAAGCUCUUCCCCUAAAGGAAAAUGAGCAGCAGCAGCAAACUAUACAAGAAAAUAAACAAAGCGAUGCUCAACAAGUGAUACAGGAAGCAAUUGCAGCUCAGCCAUUUAAAGCUGCAGAAGCCGUGACAGUUGAGCCGGAAGCAGUCAUCGAAACGCAGAAGAUUGAAGCACAGCAUGAAGCUCAAUCCGGAGAAGCAGCACCAAGCGAAGAAGCUGCCGUUGAAAUCGAACCAAUUACGAAACACAAUCAGACGGAAACUGCAGAUGCUUCAGCUACAAGCGAGAAUGAAGCCAAGCCGGCAGUGAUUGAGGCGCCCACUGAGGCCACGCCCACUGAGGCCAAGCCCACUGAGGUCACGCCCACUGAAGCCACGCCCACUAUGGUGACGGCAAGUUUGCCGCCUCUAUUCAAGAAACAGCAUCUGCACAAUCCAAAUGAAUACUACAAACAGUUGCAGGAACAGCAGCAACUGUUGGAAAAACAGCAACAACAGGAGCAAAGGCAAAACAGCAACAGCUGGAGCAACAACAACAACAGCAGCUGCAUCAGAAACAGCAGCAGCAAGCAACAGGAGGAGCAACGGCAAAAGCAACAGCAAGAGCAAGAACAGCAACAGCAACAGCUGGAGCAACAACAACAACAGCAGCAGCAACAACAGCAGCAGCAGCAACAACAGGAGGAGCAACGGCAAAAGCAACAGCAACAGCUGGAGCAAGAACAACAACAGCAGCAGCAACAACAGCAGCAACAACAGCAGCAAUUGCAGGAGCAACAAGAGCAACAGCAUCAGAAACAGCAGGAGCAACAACAACCGCAGCAACAACAACAGGAGCACCAUCAUCAACGACAACCCCGAGACAUUCAUCAACAUGAGCACACGGAGGAGGAAGCAAUGCUGGAGCAGCACACCACACCCAAGCCGGACUACUUCAAUGCUUAUGAUGCAGUUCAUGAGGAGCCGACACCUGCGCCCUCAAGGAAUGAUGAACCGAACGUUGCUGUUGGCUCCAUCGAACCGAUUGGAUUGCCAGCAGCAUCGAUGACACCGGAACCCAGCAGCAACAUCAAGGAAGAUGCCGGACCGGGACGUGGACUAUUUAGCACCAUUAUGGACACGGUCAACACAUUUAUUUCCAAUCAGGGCCAGGGAGGCAAGGAACCGGAAACUGCGCCGCUAACGGACCACGAUGAACUGCAUCGACUGCUCUAUCAAGAAGCGACAAGACCACAGGCCGAUGCACAGGGGGCCGAGGGAUAUUGUAAGCGUGCCACGAAUGUGGACAACUGUCAUGUGGCUGCCAUUAGCUUGGACAAUUUUAUGGAUGUGUUGGCGGCAAAAGUGUUGGAUCAUAGUAUUUUAUUGAUGUGUGUUCUGAUUGCUGCCGCUUCGUCGCUGUUCUUCAUUUUGACAUACUAUUGCUUCUGCAAUAGCAGUCAGGAGGGUGCGCUGCUCUCCAAGCUGAAUCAUUUGGAGCGUAGUCUGCUCGCCGCCCACAAGGAGAACAUGAUUGUCAAGCACGAUUUGAUGACAACACGCACGAAACUCUCCAGCAUUGAGGAUAAUUCCUUUGGCUCCAAUGAUAUGGUUGUUGCACUCAAGAAACAACUCGAAACGGAACUCUAUGAGAAGGCCAAGCUGCAGGAGCAGGUUAGCUCCCUGGAGAAGGACUUGGACAAUGCUGCGGAAGCGGGCUUGGAGCUAAAUAAAAUGUUGUCCGAGGUGUUGAACGGUCAGAAUGGCGAUGAGGUGUUCAUGAGCACCGUCGAUGAGCUGCAGCGACAGCUCAACGAUCAGGAGAAGAUCAUCAUUGACAUAAACGCCAGUCUGGCGGAGAAGAGUCGCGAGAAUAGCGAACUGCAAUACUCGUACACAGAGACCACAACGCGUUUGGCCAGUGAAAUGAAAUCGUUGCAACAGGAUAACUAUGAGCUGGAAAUGGAAAAGGCCAAGCUGCAGACGCGCAUCGAGGAAAUCCAAGCGGAGUCCGAGCAGGAGCUAGCCAAGGCUCUGGAGGCACGCAACUAUGAAAUGCAACGAUUGCAGCAUCAGAUCAUGGAAUCCAGUGCCAAAUACGACAAGGAGCACAGCGAACUGCAGACAAGUUUGGCCAAAAUCGAUGCGCUCGAGGAGUGCCUAAGGAUGCUGAAGAAGGACUCCAAUGCCAAUGUCCAGGAGCUGAUAACGUCGGUGAAGACGCGCGGCGAACUCAAUGCGGCCCAAAAGAAAUUUAGGGCGCUGCAAACAAAACUGGAACAGGAGCUGGCAGCGAAAGCGCGUUUCGAGAAUCAGCUGCAAACAUCCAGCGCUGAUGUUGAGCAACUGAAGCAGGACUUCAAUCAGUCCGAGCGGGACAAGCUGGAGGCACAAACGCGUCUCGAAGUGCUCUCCGGCUACUUCAGGGAAAAGGAGACACAGCUGCAAAAAGAGCUUAGCCUGCAGGAGGCCAAAUGGCUGCAGCAUCAGGGCGAGAAUGCGAGCACUGUGGAAACGCAAACGCUAAUGAAGAACGAAAUUCAGACGCUAAAAUCUCAAAAUGAUGAGCUGCGUGCCGAAAUUGAGGCGCAGAUUGCCUCGCACAAGGCACAGAUGGGCACGCUGGAGAAUCGUGCACACGAAUCGUGGCUGGCGGCGCGUCAAUCGGAACGUCGCAGCGAGGAGGCUCAGGCAGAAGCCGCCGGUUUGCGGCGCAAGCUGACUGCGAUGGCCAGUGGAGCUGGUACUGUUGGCGAUAUAACGCUGGAUGCGCUGCCCACCAACGGUCUUCUGGUGGCGCCCGAACUAACUGGCGCGCCAUCACCGCUGCCAUUGCCCGGCUCGCCCGGUCUGUUGAAUAUGCCCAAUCCACUGCCAUUCCUACCGGCGCCCUUCUCGCCGUUCAUGGGCUUGCCGCCGCCAUUUUUGCCGCCACCAGCUGGCGGCAUUGGUGGUGCACGUCCACCGCCGCUGGGUCGCAUGCGUUCACCGCCGCCGGCAUCUUCAUCGCGGGAUCGCUAUUCGCCGCAUCGCGAUGAGCGUGACGAUUACAGCGAUUACGAUGACUAUGACGAUGAUGAUGAUGACGAUGAUCGCGGCAUGGACCGGCAUAGGCGACACAGCGGCAGCUGGGGCCAUCGUGGCCAUCAUGAUUCCUAUAUGCAUUCGCCGCGCACAUAUCGAUCGCUGUCGCCAUCGGACAGUCGAUAUAAUUACAAUGAUACGGAAACGGAUUUUAGUCCGCCGCCAAGUCCGCCACCGCCGCCACGUAAAAACAGCUCGCGACCCAUCAACGAGGUCUGAAUGGCGCGGCACUCACUGUGUACUUUACAAUGGAUGAUGGACCAGGGGAUUCCAUCACUAUUAUUAUCAUUAUUAUGUACGGUGUAAUUGUAGAAACUCUCAAUAACUAGUUCAAAUCAAUUGUAUAUUUAUUAAAGAUUAUCGGGUUAAUUACGACAUUAGGAGCGACUCACAUAAUUAUAUACACCACAACAACAAUUUCCCCAUUGGGUAUAUUUGAGGCAUUCUCAUCAAAUUCAACAUCAACAAUUUGAUGGCUCAAUGAUAAAUGAUAAAAAUCGGAUAACUGAAAUAAACCAAAUAUAAAACGGU